AACAUCAUGAUAUGACUCAAUGCGGAAGUUCCUCUGUCGACUAUGAUACAUUUCAAAUGUGGGUUCAGUUGUUUGUAGUAUUUGAGUACUUCUUAAUCUCUAUUACAUGGAUUGUAAGCAUGUACAGUCAACGGGGCAAGGUAUUAAUUAAUACGAGCACUGCGCCAAUACAAAAGCAACAGCCACAGUCUAUUGCUUCGACGUCAUGCCCAUAAAUAGGCGAUCUAUACUUGCCUCCUACCGCCAUCUAACCUGUAUCGAUCCUUCACUUUUCCUAUGUCCGCUAUCUAUCUCGCUAAACAGGCGUACUCCGCUUUUGCGGGUGAGAAACCUAGAACGAUUGCCUUUAGUCUUCGAUCACUGAAUGGAUAGAGAUCUUGACGUCAAGGAAUUACGAUGAGGAGGCGUACGACGGUAUACCAGAGAUCGUCGAAUCAAUACAAAUGCAAGCUACAGGUGUUGCUGAGGCAAGUAGGGCCAUCAGAAAGAAACUCAAGCAUGGUGAUACGCAUCAACAGUACCGAGCCCUUGUUAUCCUCAGGGCACUCGUAGAGAAUGGAGGUCCUAAAUUCCAAACUUCAUUCGCUGACUCACAACUCCUCGACGCCAUCAAAUCAAUUGCCCACGACCCUACAACUGACCCCAGAGUGAGGAAAAGACUCCUCUCUGUAGUCGCUUCAUGGCAUGCCCAAUUUAAAGAUGACCCUUCCAUGGCCACCGUGUCUAACCUCUACAGACAAUGCAAACCUGCAGACUCAUAUAAUCGACAUCGAUCAACUGAUCCGGUCUUGCAAGCAGCAGGUUUGGAUCCGCAUGGCGAGUAUGAGAGGAGGAAAUUGGAAGAGAGAGAACGCGAGAGAGAGAGGAAGGAACGAAAGGAAGAGGAGAAGAGGAAAGCCAAGGAAGCCAAGGAGAAAGCUAGAGCUGGUGCCAGAAGACAGGCUAAAAGCAUGAACAAGCGAAAGCCCUUCAACUUUGAGCAGGAAAGACCUCAGAUCCUUACUACGAUUGCCAACGCCUCACAGGCGAGCAAUAACCUUGUAAACGCUAUCACUCUCGUUAACACUGAACACGACAGCCUGCAAGCGAACGAACGUGUUCAAGAGUGUUUGCAGAACGCCAAGGUGGCACGAAAGCAGAUCGUGCGCUAUGUACAGCUGGUGGAGAACGAGGAUAUGAUUGGAACUCUCAUUGAUACCAACGAGCGCAUCAUUGCUGCUCUGGAUAUGUAUGACACGCUCUCGAAGCCGCAAGUAACCGAAAAAGAUGUCCAAGAUGUCCAAGAAGGACUCGCAGCAGUCAAGAUCCACGAUUCCGAACUGGGCAAACUUCAAGAGAAACAGCGUGCCGCGGUUCAAAGAUCACUUGGCCGAGCUGGUGGUGGCAAGGAACGGGACCGUGCAACGUACGAGGAUGAUGAUGAGUUCAUGCAGCCCAGGAGUGCUAGCUCGGAGACAUAUGUCCAUCCGGAUUUGCAGGAGUUAAGUUUCGGGAGUUUAGGUGCAGAGCAGAGGAACCUACCACCCCCACUCCGCCCCUCUACCCGACGUUCAUCCUCUGAAGACGAGGACCAGAAUUGGCGACACGGUUCUUUAUCUGACUUUAGCGACUAUGAAUCCUCUGAUGAAGACACUCACAACCGCGCUUCAGCAUCUGGUUCUGCCCAUACAUCAACAUCUGCGGCUCAAGCGUAUGCUAGUAAGCAUCAACAUGGGAAGCCAAGCACGGGUUCUAGGAGGGAUUAUGUGAAUGUGUCGGAUGAUGAUGAAGUGGAUGUGAGGAAGGACCCGAAGAAAGGGUUGUUGAGUCAGGAAGAGGAUCCGUUUGCUGAUCCGUUUGCCGAUUGAGGGCGAGGCGAAGAAGGUUUCGGUGGAAUUUAGAGACAAGUAUUUAGCAUGAGGAUGUGUAUAUUAGUAUGGCUCGAUAUCACUAUGCCUCUUCACCUCGAAGGCUGCUAAGCCGUUGUGAAAUGCACACGACACUGACAUCG